AUGAAGGUUUACAGCGAGGUUACCCAGGUGAAGGUUUACUGUGACGUUAUCCAGGUGAAGGUUCACUGUGACGUUACCCAGGUGAAUGUACACUGUGACGUUACCCAGGUGAAGGUCCACUGUGAUGUCACCCAGGUGAAGGUUCACUGUGACGUUACCCAGAUGAAGGUUUACGGUGAGGUUACCCAGGUGAAGGUUUGCUGUGACGUUAUCCAGGUGAAGGUUCACUGUGACGUUACGCAGGUGAAGGUUUACUGGGACGUUACCCAGGUGAAGGUUCACUGUGACGUUACCCAGGUGAAGCUUUACGGUGAGGUUACCCAGGUGAAGGUUUGCUGUGACGUUAUCCAGGUGAAGGUUCACUGUGACGUUACGCAGGUGAAUGUACACUGUGACGUUACCCAGGUGAAGGUCCACUGUGAUGUCACCCAGGUGAAGGUUCACUGUGAAUUUACCCAGGUGAAUGUACACUGUGACGUCACCCAGUUUCCUAAAACGUGACAAUACAGAUGUAAAGGUCUGAUUUACCAGCAGGUAAAAGUUUUAAUCCCGUGUGUAUAACUCAGUGGGAGUCACAACAAACAGAGCCCAACAGAAGGGGGAAACAGGGACCCCAUUACCCAGACUUCGAGAAUAAACAGGACAGUGAUAUGCUGACGCGGGACAUAUUAUAG